AUGCAUAAUCGACUUACCACAUUCAUAUACCUAUUGAUUCUUAGCAGUCUCACUGAGGCACAUGGUGGCUCUACGAAGUAUCAAAAUGAGAAAUACGAAAAAUACUACAAUGCCUGCAGUGGCCAAAUGCAAGCAGAGGUCACAUUUUGCGACGCCAGUGAAAGAUCAUGUUCUUGUUCUAAUUCCAAUUCUUUGGCAACACUUGCCGGUUGCUUAUACAGUGUGGGCCAGACAUCGGAAAAAAGUUGGUCACCUUUGAGUGAUUAUUGUUCCCGAUACCAAAUAACAUUGGACGAUGACUGGUUUGAUACAGCCCUUGAGAAUUAUAAAGAGAAUGCUAAAUCAGCUAGUGAGAUUGAAAACUUCAACAUGUCGGAACCAAUUGAUGUUCCUUUUAUUUUAAACUCGACCAACACGAAAAUCUAUCAAGAAUCAUACGGAAGAUUUUACGAUAACCUUUACAACUCGAUAUAUUAUGGAGCAGGGUACUUGGGAUAUUGGUUGCUUGUGUUGCUUUUGGGAGCUAUUUUCAACUGGACAAAGGUUUUAUUCCCAGGACUCACGAAGAAAAUGACCAACCCAGUUAUCAACUUUUGGAGAGCUAAC